AUGGAUUCCAACCGGCCUUUACGUAUACUCAGUCUAGAUGGAGGUGGUGUGAAAGGACUAGCAACUCUCUGCAUGCUCGAGGCAAUCAUGGUACAGCUUCAACUGGAGAUGCCAGGUACCAGAGGCAGACGACGAGUCAUUCGACCUUGCGACUACUUCGACCUCAUCUGUGGUACGAGCACAGGCGGCUUAAUUGCUAUAUUGCUUGGUAGACUUCGAUAUACUGUCAAAGAAGCGAAAGAUUUGUACCUCAAGCUGGCCGAGGAAAUAUUCAGCAAGGAGUCUGACAGCAUUGACUCAAAGUUUGAUCAUUCGGUGCUGGAGCAAAGCAUAAAGGAUAUUGUUGAGUCAGCACCAGCGCCCAGCCCUGGCAGCCUCGACCCUGAUGUUCUCCUUGAGGAUGAAAGCAUCGGAGAUCCAGAGGGGGGAACAAGAACAUUCGUUGUGUCAACAAGAACUAGGGGAACUGGUGCUACAGCGGUUCGAAUGAGAAGCUACGAAAUUGCGAAGAAGGAAAUUGCAUUCGAAGCCAAGAUCUGGGAAGCAGCCCGGGCAACAUCUGCGGCACCGACGUUCUUCUCCCCCAUCACAAUCCGACAUGUGACAUAUGGAGAUGGCGGGACGGGCUGGAACAACCCUACCAAAGAGGCCCUGAAUGAGGCACAUAAGAUAUGGCCGGGCCGUCCCAUCGCUUGCCUGGUCAGUAUCGGUUGUGGAAUCGAGGAUCCACUCCAGCUCGUCGAUGGUGCGGCUCUCCCAGCGACUGGGAUGUUUGACCGAAUCCUCAACUAUAGUCGCCCUCGAGAUGCGUUCCGUCUCGCGGUCGCGAAAUAUUGUGCCAAUUGUCUUACGAGCUGUCAGCGCACCCAUGAAGAGAUAUCAUCCAACAUCGAAAAGGAUGGGCUACGCGGGAAAUAUUUCAGACUAAACGUACCGCUUGGCGUGGGGAAGAUUGGCUUGGAAGAAUGGAAGAAGAUCGGAGAUAUUAUAUCUCUUACAGACGACUACAUGGAAAGCUACGAGGGCAAGUAUCUGAAGAACAGAGUCGCCCAGAUCCUGGCGAGUCCAGAUGGACCAGAUCGCGGAAAGAGUAGAGACGGGAAAACAAGCAUGGAGGAAUGGGAUGAUGUACUAGGCCAUGCUUAUGUCAAGGAUGGGCAGAGAGCAGAAGCGACCUCCGCUGAUGUACCAUACACUGUCGAAGAGUUUGAAGAGGCAGAGUCGUCGACGCAUGGAUCAAGGAAAAUCCAAAAACAAAUCCAGUAUCUGACGACCGAUCAAGACAACGAGAAUCAAGGGUCUAUAGCAGGAAUGCAGUACUUUUCCAAGCAUGAGAAACUUGUUGUCGCUGUGGUUCAACGCUACGAGGCCGCAUUGAAGGCGCUCGAGAGCUUCGAGCAGCACAGGUUUUACGCCCCAGAGCUACAUCGUUUGAUAGCUUUUCUCGAGACACAGUACUCAAUUUUCUACAUCCAGAUAAAGAGACUACUAGGGCUUAAGCUGGCUUUGCCACUACAUGCACUUGACCAAUCCUUGACAAGUAGCAUGGGCUCACAUGGGGAGAAUGUGGCCUUCUCGAGACUUGACGGCGAAUCGCCAGAACUCGUUCAGAUUCUAAACGAGCUCAAUGACUGUCUAAUCAGUAUCGAGGGCGACCAUAGCUUUCUUGAGUUCUUCACCAAGAGAAACAACAUGCGAGAUACAGAAGCACAAGAAAGAUACAGGACUUUGGCUGCGAAGCGGAAUAUGCUUGACAAGUUGGAGAAAUUGAAGAGUCUAAAUGAAAGACUACGUGCAAUCAGUAGCACAGCCAGAUAG